GGACGUCAAAAAACCGCUUUUAUGAGUGAUGCUUUGUUGAUUAUUGGCAGAUGUUGUUUGCAAAUUGUUUAUUUUGAUCCUAAAGUUAGAAAAUAUUAAAUUUUAAUCGGGAAAAUUGUGUAAAAAUGAGUGAUUUGGAUAUCGAGAAUAUUUGCCGUCUGUGCUGUGAGAAAAAGAAUCGUAUGAGGUCUCUUUUUGAUCUAACAGUCAACGAUUCGACAUCAUUAAAGCAAGUGAUUUUGGAUGUUACUCGUUUGGAGGUUGAUAUCGGUGACGGUAUGCCACAAAAGAUCUGCCGGAUGUGUACCUCCACGUUGAUGAAAAUGCACGAAACGAUCGAAAACUACCGAGAAAACAACUUGAAGCUCCAACAGCAAAUAAGUGCGGUUCUACAGCAGCAGGUUGAAAUUAAAGAAGAAGAAGUGGAUGAAGAAGAUCUGGAAAAGGCGUGCCAUCGAGAAAUGCUAGUUGAUAAUAUUGACAUUAAAGAAGAACAAGAGGCAGAAUAUAUCGAUUACGAGGAGCUAGAGCAAACUAAAGAAUGUAGUGACAAUGAAGUAAGUGCGAAUGUAAAAGCUGAUGAUUCAGAAAUUAAUCCAUUCGAUGAGAAUGAUGAAGGGAUGCCCGAAGAGGAAAACAAAGAAAUUGAUCCCAAACGUGAUAAGCCAAGAGUGAAAAAAUCUCGUAAACCGAUUGGCUUGAGCGCUCCUUGGAAACCCGCGCCGAAACGCCCCAAAAAAAGGAAUCCUGAUGCCCCACAGAAAAGUGAUCAUAAGUGUUAUGUAUGCAGGAGCGACUCCCACGGCUCAGCUCAAGCUCUCUUGGCCCACCUAAACAGCAAUCAUUUGAACCUACUGCCAUAUACGUGCCAAGAAUGUGUAAUGGACACGGUUGUAAUUAAAACGGCUCUAGCAUUGAACAGUCACAAACGACAACAUCUGAAUCCUGAGAAAUGUCCAUUUUGUGAUAAACGAUACUCCUGUAAAAACAAUGUUGAUAUGCACGUGCAAUUGCACCACGCAGAGAACACUUCUGAAUCUGAAUUGACUUGCAAACAUUGCGGGAAAGUGUUUGCCACAAAGACGUCACUCAAUCAUCACAUGAAGCUGCAUACAACUGCCACAAGUUGUGAGCUCUGUGGUAAAAUUUUCGCGGAACGAAGCAAACUACAAAGACACAUCCAACGGUUUCAUGAAAAACUUAGAAACUUCGAGUGCCACAUCUGCAAGAAAAAGCUAGUUUCACUGGAAUCGGUCCAGAACCAUGUCAAAGCAUACCACUCGACUCGGAAAUAUAAAUGCAGUUACUGCUCGAAAACCUUCGGCACGGAGUUGGCCCAUCGUUUUCACGAAAAAAGACAUGUCAACAAUCCAGAUUUCGAACCUAAGAAAGAUUGGAAGGACUACUACACGGUUAUUGAAGGAGACGACAGUGAUUCAACGCUGAAGAAACUGAAAAAGUGCACUCUCUGCGGAGUGAUAACGAGAGCAAUUACAACACAUCUAAGUGCUGUUCACUUUCCCACGGAACAUCGGUGCGAGACUUGUGGAAUGACCUUUAAAAUUAAACAGAUUUACAAUAUCCACGUGCGGGAGCAUGAAAAUGGGAAGGCCGAACGAUGCCCGAUUUGUGGGAAAGAAUUUUCCGAAAGGAAGAAUCUGUAUUCGCAUCUCCGGACCAAGAAACAUCGGGAUAAUCCACUUGCUCAGCAGAUAUUAAGCACGGUCAGACCAAAAAAAUUAACCGGAUUGUGGGGAAUGAAUUUUGAUAGCGUUGAGGAGCAAACUCAUGAAUAAGGUCAAAUUUUAAACUGUUUUCUAUGGAAGGCUAAAUUCUUAAGGCUCUGGGAUCAGGCUUCGGAAUCCUCACUUACACUUACGCAUUCUCGUUUACGCCAGCAAAAUCAAAUAAGCAUAUUUAAAGGAGUCGGAUUUUUUCGAAAAUUUUAGUCGUCCUUAAACAAGAAUACGGAUGAAAGUCUUGUUUUGACUCUCGGCAACUAAGGUUUAAAGCCGCCGAGUUAAUCUUUUCUCUCUUUCUCUGAAUUGUUUUAUAAAAUGCAUUUCAUUAGAGGAUCUUAUGGAAAUCAAAAUAAUUGCUUAUGGUGUAUGUUCAGAAAAGAAUCCUAUUGUUUCUUGAGUGUGGGAAGAAGGAUAAAAUGUCUUUGAAGGAGUCAAUGUUUGUCGUAUAGUGUAGGUUCUCUGAACAAAAUACAAUAUGCUGAAGAAUUGUGUUGUAGGGUGAGUGAGUGCGAAAUCCGAACCGUGUUGGGAAAUGCUAUCAACUGCUGGAAUUUACGUCCUUCUGUAACACUCCCACCAAUUUAAUCUUAUUUAAAAACAUGGACAUUACAAAUUAGGUGAAAACAUGUGUAAAUGUUUCCUGAAUAAUUUAAUUUAAUAAAAUGUGUUUUGUGUGUCAAA